UGUUUAGUUCUGCUUCAAUUAUUUUAUAAACUUUGAAAUAAAAUAGAAAAAAUGAAUAUCUUAGACUUACCGGACACGGUGUUAAUGGAUAUAUUAGAGCUGCUCACCUACGACGAGGUUGCCCGAAAAAGAGAAAUUUGCGCCCGUUUCAAUUACAUUUGCCAACAGGUGUUGAACACAGGUUUCAACAAGGUUGUACAGGAGCAUGCCAAGAAUUUCAAACGCAUUAAAUCACUGCUGCCACGUCGCGAAUCUGAACGACGCAAUCACAUGCUGGCGCGUCAUUCCGACAUCCUGACCUCAAUCGAGACGCGCAUCUCAAUGCUGACAAUGACGUACUCCAAGUUUAUAGAUCUGAACAUAUGCUGCUUUAUACCCGGUCGCGUACUCGACGAAAUCAAUAGCAUAUUGAAACUUUUGGCCAGCACAACGAAACCCCUGCGUCCCCAUGAAGUGCUCCAAGAGCUGCGCGACAUCUCAUCGAUGGCUAUUGAGCAUUUCGAUGAGAAGAUUGCCGUUAACUUUAAAACUGCUAUGAAACUCAAUGAAUCUUCCGCCACGGGCAGCGCACGCGUCGUUGUCUGUGGUUCCCUGGGCGACAUUAGCUUCAAUGGCGUGAAAGUGAGUCCAAUGAAGAAGACGCCGGUGCUACAACAGCAGUCGCCAUGCCAAAAUCUAAUAUGUAUGAGCCCCAAGACCGAUGUCAUGAUGCAGCAGGCGCUUUUGUUCGCCAAAUCAUUGCCCACUAGCGGCGGAGAAGCCGAUCUCACUCAGUGCAAUUGCCACCGCGAUCGAUUAUCGAAACAGCUGCAGAAGCAGUAUCAAGCACAACGAUUGCUCACGUCGAGGAUACGUUUCCUCGAGGGAUCGCGCAAAGUGCACGAACGACGAAUGCAAGAGGCCCUCGGCAGCAUCACGGAACUUGCCACCCAAGUGUCCGAGCUGAAGCGACAACUUGAGGAUGUACUGGCAAAGACGUCGCCAAGUGGUGCUACCAAACGCUCGGCAGUUGCUCCGGAUUGUCUGCCGCCUAGCAAGAAACCAAAAGCUUAGUGUUGCCUCAUGUAAGCAAAGCAUAGAAUACAAAAAUGUAAUUAGCCUUGAGUAUUAAAAGGAAAGUAGUGUACUUAGUAUUCAAUCGUCUACAAUAUAGGGAUAACUAUAUUCUAUAUAUUAAGGUCAAAAGUCUCAAUCUCUGUGUCUCUUAAACUGCCCGUAAUAUUAGCAUUAAUUACAAUAUAAAAAUAUCUUUGGCAUGCCAAAGAUCCCACAUAUCCUAGCAAGAACGAAGUCAACUCAUUGCCAACAAUGAAAUUUUAGAAAUAUUCACCAAUUAUUUGCCUAUGGCAGCUACAAUUAUAUUAUAGUCUUGUCCGAUAAGGUUAGUUCUGCCAAAAAUACAAAGAACUUGGCUACAUACAAUAAUCAAAAUGAGCAAACUUUUUACAUAGAACGAAAUAUUUUGAACUCCCGCUAGACUAUGUAGAUAAUUAUAAGGCAUGAUCAUAUAUAAUAAAGAAAUAUAUGUCUGUAAGUAAAUAAAACAAGUGUGCAGCAGCUUUAAUA